AUGGCAGGCAAGAUGCCCCAUUCCAAUGAUACUCAAUUCCACCCCACCUUUUUCCUAUUAUUGGGCAUCCCUGAACUGGAAACUUUUCACAUCUGGAUUGGCUUCCCUUUCUGUGUUGUGUAUCUUAUUGCCAUCUUGGGAAACAUCACUAUAUUAUUUGUGAUCCAGACUGAGGAGACACUUCACCAGCCCAUGUUUUACUUUCUGGCCAUGUUGGCCACUAUUGACCAAGGCCUAUCCACAACCACAAUUCCCAAGAUGCUGGGAAUCUUUUGGUUCAGAUUGAGGGAGAUCAAUUUUGGGGCCUGUCUCACACAGAUGUUCUUUAUCCAUCUGUUGACUGCAAUGGAGUCAGUUGUGUUAUCAUCUAUGGCCUAUGAUCGCUAUGUGGCAAUCUGCAAUCCUUUGCAUUAUAGCACUGUCCUCACCAACAGGGUGGUGUCCAUAAUGGGCAUUGGGGUAGUGCUGAGGUCAUUCUUUACAGUGGUUCCCUUUGUAUUCCUGAUCCUUCGACUCCCUUUCUGUGGAAACCAUGUCAUUCCUCACACCUAUUGUGAACAUAUGGGCAUUGCCCGACUGGCCUGCACAAGCAUCAGAGUCAACAUGAUCUAUGGCCUAUGUGCUAUUGGAACUCUGAUAUUUGAUAUUAUAGCUAUUGCUGUAUCCUAUGUUCUCAUUCUCCAAGCUGUCUUUCACCUCCCCUCCCAAGAUGCCCGACUAAAAGCCCUGAGCACCUGUGGCUCUCAUGUUUGUGUUAUCCUAGCCUUUUAUACCCCAGCCUUAUUCUCUUUCAUGACUCAUUGCUUUGGCCAGAAUGUUCCUCGCUAUAUCCACAUCCUCCUGGCCAAUCUGUAUGUUGUUGUCCCACCCAUGCUCAACCCUGUUAUUUAUGGGGUUAGAACCAAGCAGAUCUGGGAGAAAGUGUUAAAGAUGUUUUCAAAAAAAUAA